AUGGAUCUGCAAAUUUCCAUGGGUGCCAUGGUGGAGGGCCGUGUCGUCGCUAUCGAGGACACCUUCUUGGAGGUGCUGCUGACGCAGGGAACGUGUACGCUUUCUGGGCGCCUCUUGCUUGGUGGCGCCAGCUCUCGCGCGCUCGGCCUCUGUGUUGGGGACGACCUCGAGCGUUUGAGGGUGGUGGGCAAGCUCCCGGACGGCACUCUUUGCUUGGUGCCGGAGGACCUGCAGGCCGGUUACGGUUUGAGCCAACCGCCGGGCGAGAUGGAGGAGGCGAACUCCUACUCCCGCCAGGAGCUCCUGGAGCAGAGGCGGAGUUCCGCCAACUGCAGCCUCGGCGGCGGAGCGGAGGCGGAGGCGAGGCCUCCGCCCCGGCCAGCCUGGGCUCCGCAGACGGCGCCCUACCGCGAGGAAGACUUCGAGGCGAUGCUGCUGCAGGCGCUGGUGUCGGGCCAGCUGCCGCCUCCUUGGUGGAGCCGCUGCAGCGCAGCUUUGAAGCGGAAGGCGCUGCUGGUGGCGCUCCGCGUCGGAAGCAUGCAGGCCGUGUAUGCCAUGCAGCCCGAGAGCGCUGCCUUCAGGGCGCAGCUGCAGUGCUUCGAGCCAGACGGGAGCUUCCUCAGCGAAGCGAUGAGUGGCAUCUGGGACGACGCCGAGCGUGCUGCAGCCACAAAACGCACGUCGCCGUCAGGGCCCGCCGGGCCGCUCAAGGCAGCCGCCAAGCUGGAGGAUGCCUUGCAGCAUGUGAGCGAGGAGGGACGAGGCUCGGCGGUGGCUUGGCUGCUGCAUCGGGGUGCCCCGGUGGCCGCAUUGCUGCCAGAAGAGCCAGGUCCGGCGGCCCUUGGAAUCCGAUUGCGCGGAUUGAAGCUGCUGCAGGACCUGGGGCAGCAGGCCGCGCCAGCAGCGGCAGCCGUAGCAGGCUGCUUGCGCGAUCCAGAGGUUCGUGGUCGGCGUGCUGCCGCAGAGGCCCUCGCCGCGCUGGAGGUGACCGGUGACGUGGCACCUCGCGCAGUGCCCCGGCUUCGCAGGCUGCUGGAGCAGGAGGCCGACCCGCAAUGCCGGGUAGCAGCAGCGGUUGCCCUGGGCUCCUUGGGCAGAGAUGGCUGCUUGGCCGCUGAAGAGGCCUUGUGGCACCAAGACCUGGAUGUGCGUGGUCUCGCCUGUGUGGCACUAGAGGCUUCCAAGGAGGCGUCGACCAGCAAGGUGCUGGUGCGGUGGCUCCAGGAGGGCGGUGCGUCGGAGGUCUCUUUGAGGGCCAGGGCCUUGCAGGCGCUGGCCCGGCUCCUGGCCCGGCGGGCGGCCCGGGCGACGCGCCCCCCUCCGGCCGAAAGUGAGCCCGGCGAGCGCGAGCUGGCGCUGGAGACGGAAACCCUCGUCGCGGUCUUCGCCGUGCACGCGACGGAUCCCGAUGCCGCCGUCCGGGAGGCAUCGCUGCUGGGCCUGGGAGCCCUUUGCCGGACUUGCGAGAGUUGCCGCGAGCUGGCACUCCCAACCUUGGCGGCGGGGUUGGACGACUCAGAAGAGGCCGUACGAGAGGCUGCCGCGUCCUUCGCGCUCGCGGUGGAAGAGCGGGAAAAGGGUGUAGUGGAUGAGAGCGAGCCCUCCAGCAGCCGAGUGGUCCUUCGAGUGCUUUCCAUCCUGGACAGGAGGGCAGGAGCGCGCAGCACGCUGGCCGACUCCGCCCGGGCUUUGGAGGAGCUUACCAGCAACGAGGAGAAGCUCUUGGUGGACAUGGUGGACUUGACACAGGCUCCGUCUCCGGCUGCGGACUACGAGGAGGAGGCGGAAAUCGCCAUCGCCAGCUUGCUUGGACCUCCGAACAAGCUGUCCUCCGGCGCCGUGAAGCAGGCGUGGGAAGUCGUCCACCGCGAGGCGAGCGAUGGCUGGGUCCCGAAGGCGCGAGAGAAGGGCGCCCCUGAGGAUGCUAAAGCACCGGCCAAGAAGAAGAGCACCCGGAAGGAAGAGAGCGCCGCUGAAGAGCAGGUCCACCCGCUGCCCGUGGCCUUCAGAUGUCGAGCGAACGCAGCGAGAGUCGCGAGAGUGUUCCACUCUUCUCAGACCAUUUUGGCCCACAGAGUGAUGGUGACAGACACAAUGCAGGCAUUUUUUGACGGUUUGGCGAGUGCAAGGGAUUACAAGGGCAUGAGUAGCUGGGAGAAGGCAGCCACUCCAACCCCAAGCAGGCCAGUCCAGGCAAAUGUAGAAACAUCAGUUCUCUCAAGUGGCGUGUGUGGGGUGGGGCGGGCCAUGGACGUGCCAUGGACAAGGCAAGAGACAGAAGCCAAGAGUUUUCGCUUCGGACUUCUCCAAAGGCUGGUAGCAGCGCCUUCGAUGAGCGAGGCCUCUGGGGUCAGCACGAUCUUUGCCGUGCGCAAGGAGAAGCUGGAGAAGUUCCUUCAGCUCUUGGGCGAGGAUGCGAAUUCCAGCAGGCUGCUGAACCACUUCCUCAAUGAGGUGGAGGUCCCGGCGGUCUUUUUUCAUUUGUCAGGAAGCGGAGAGAGUUGCAGCGUUUCGACAGACCUGCCGACGGCCGCGCAGCUCAAGAAGAAGGUCUUGGCCCUGGUGCGAUCCAAGCAAGAGGUGGAGAUCGACCUCGGGGGUCCCGGAAGGCGGCCCUGCGUGGUCUUCGUGGAGCUUGCAAAGGGCAUCAUGGAUUUGAUCAACUCCUACUGCCACUCCGUCUACCUCUCCGUGCUCAUGAACCCAGCGAACCAGCGGGGUUGGUCGGACCUCAUCACCCGGGACCUCUUGGACAAGUUUCACGGCUUCCUCGCGAGCCUGCACGUGACCGUGGGCCUCCGACAGGGCCAGACCUUGCUGCCCCUGCCGCCCAGGGAGGCCGUCCAGGAGGGAGCGGGGCCAGGCAAGGGUUCGGCCAGUGCUUCCAGCAAGGAUCGGGUCCACGUGCUCGAAGGAGCCGUCAUUACCUGGACAAAGCAGGUCAGGUACGUACUGAAGCAGGAGCCGGAGCACAUCUUCCGCGAAGGCAGCCCUCAGCCGGAUGCGGAGCUUCAGUUCUGGCGGAGCAGGGCGAACAACUUGAAUUCGAUCCACAUGCAGUUGCAGAUGGAGGGAGUGAAGCGUGUGCUUCGUUUCUUAGAUGCGAACAAGAGCACUUACGUGGCGCCUUUCGCGCGGUUGCAGAAGGAGGUGGAGGACGGUCGGGAGGAGGCGAACGACAACGUGAAGUUCUUGAAAGCCUUGGAGAGCCACGUCAACGCGUUGCUCAACGAGACCCAGGACUUCGAGGUCUUGGAGCAAGUCUUUGAUGACGUCUUCCACGUUCUGCUCUUGGUCUGGCGGCACUCCAAGUACUACAACUCCUUGGCACGGCUGGCCGUCAUCGUGCGUCAGAUUUGCAACAGCCUCAUUGCACAGGCGCAGCCUGCACCUCAAAUCUGA